CUGCCGUAUCUUGGUAUCUGUCCACUUGUCCUGAUCCUCAAUUGCCAUAUUGUUCGAUCUGGCAGCAUAGCAAUUUCAAAAUGACUGUUGGUUCAUCCUCCGUGCUUGUUGCUGGUGGCACUGGCUACAUCGGCUCCUUCACAACUCUAGCUCUUCUUGAAGCUGGAUACAAAGUAGUCAUCAUCGACAGCUUGUACAACUCUAACGAGGAAGUCUUGAAUCGUAUCGAACUGCUCUCCGGCAAGCGACCGCUGUUCUACAAGGGCGACAUCACCGACGAGGCAGCUUUGGACAAGGUCUUUUCCGAGAACCCAGACAUUGACAAUGUCAUACAUUUCGCAGCUCUCAAGGCCGUCGGCGAAUCUGCCGAGAUUCCACUCGAAUACUAUCGCGUCAAUGUUGAAGGCAGCAUCAAGCUGAUGCGCUCCAUGAAAAAGCACAACGUCACCAACAUCGUCUUCUCCUCCUCUGCUACAGUGUAUGGGGAUGCCACUCGCGUCCCAAAUAUGAUACCUAUCCCCGAGCACUGCCCGAUCGGCCCAACAAACACAUAUGGACGGACGAAGUCAACUGUCGAGGCCAUCAUCACAGACUUUAUUGAAGCUGAGAGGAACAAUGCUGCCAAAAAGGGCGAAGAUGGUUCCAAGUGGAACGGUGCCCUGCUCCGCUACUUCAAUCCGGCUGGUGCCCAUCCGAGCGGCAUUAUGGGUGAGAACCCAUUGGGCGUGCCAUACAACCUACUACCUCUCCUGGCGCAGGUCGCCGUAGGGAAGCGAGAGAAACUAAUGGUCUUCGGAGAUGACUACAAGUCCAAGGAUGGAACCGCUAUUCGUGAUUACAUCCAUGUCCUUGAUCUUGCCAAGGGUCACUUGGUCGCCCUCAACUACCUCCGCGAGAACGCACCAGGUGUCAAGGCAUGGAAUCUCGGCAGCGGACGAGGGUCGACGGUCUUUGACAUGAUCAAAGCGUUCAGUACUUCCGUCGGUCGAGAUUUACCAUAUCAAGUCGUCGCUCGCCGGCAAGGAGAUGUGCUCGAUCUUACAGCGAACCCGAGCCUUGCGAACAAAGAGCUUCAAUGGAAGACUGAGCUGACACUCGAAGAUGCAUGCGAGGAUUUGUGGCGAUGGACGAAGAAUAACCCGGAAGGUUACCUGCAACAGCCUCCUAAGGAGUUUGUUGACAAGGUUCUUGCAGAGCGAAAGCAGUAGACUGGAUAGACUUGCAAAAAUAGAGCGAUGUGGAUACGCUUCUCCAAAGGUACCAUAUAAAAGAGACAAAAUAGACCAAGUUUUGCUCAUUGGCUUAGGCCCAGGCCCAGAUGAUGGAGGUACUAGAGUAAUUUUCUGUAUAAGACUUAAGCCUCAGGCAUCCAUACCUCCUGCUGGCCAAUGAAAAGCUCCCCGCUUGAGUCACACAUUGUUUCUCCAGUCAACACCAUGAGAGUGUUAGCAGCGUGCCCCCACCUCGCAGCUAUAACUUCUCGCGCCUGCAAACCCC